AGGUCCCCUGUUGCGGCUUAGCGCUCCUUGCCUCGCGCCGCUGCUGUUGCUCUUCUCCACCUCGGGCGGCGGCGCGUGAGCCAAGAGGUAGAGGCAAGUAUUAUAUUAUGGGCCUAAAAACGAUUUGGAAGAACUACAAAGUUUUGAUUGUUAUGGGACCAAGCCUUGUUCUGAUACACUGGGGGUGGUAUAACAUCCAGUCCAAUCCUAUUUUCAAAAUGAAGAGAGAGGACUUGGACCAAGAACCUGGUAUUGUGACGCACGUGAUGCAGCAGGACAGCAAAAAUCAAGGAAAAUAG